CUCUCCGAGGAGGCGGGGCGCGCAGCGAGGAGGCGCGAAGGUUCCGCGGCGCGGCUGCGGGUGGACGCUCCUGGCUCGGAGAGGAGAUCCUGCUGGAAGAAACUGCAGCAUGUCCUGGAGCAGCAGUGACUUCCGACCCUCUGCUAAACUACUCAGGAAGGAUGGAGUGUUGGAGGAGCAGAAAUCUCCGAGAGUCAAGAAAAGGGAGACAGAGGUGUAUGUUGGCAAUCUUCCGCUGGAUAUCUCUGAGGAGGAAAUUCGGUACCUUCUGAAGGACUUCAGCCCUCUCCAUGUCCACAAAAUCCAGAACGGCUGCAGAUGCUUCGCGUUUGUGGAUCUGGGCUCUGUGCAGAAAGUGGCACUCGCGAUCCAGGAGCUGAAUGGGAAACUCUUCCACCAACGAAAACUGUACGUGAAUUCAAACAAAAGCUCUCCCAAGAGGACCUCUGACGUGUCCGAGCGGCCGCAGGAGCUGCCGGUUUUGGAGAAGGCUUCUGGUCAAGGAUUUGCCAAAAGCACUGCUUGUACACAGCUCACUCCUAAAGCUUCUGGAGAGACGGAGAAACCGAGGACAACCUUCUUUGCAGUUCCCAUGGAAAUGAGAGGGUCCUUCCUGGUGCUGCUCCUGAGGGAGUGCUUCCGAGACCUGUGCUGGCUGGCCACCAUCCACAACAUCGGCGGGGAGGUGGGGCUGCUGGUGACCAGCAUCGUCCCGCAGACCCCAUUCUUCUGGGCCAUGCAUGUCACUGAGACUCUGCACCGGAACAUGCAGGCGCUGUUCAGCACCCUGGCCCAGGCGGAGGAGCGGCAGCCCUACCUGCAGGACUCGGCCGUGCAGCGCGGGACCCGCUGUCUGGCGGAGUACCACCUGGGUGAUUACGGGCGGGCCUGGAACAGGUGCUGGGUGCUGGACCGGGUGGACGCCUGGGCUGUGGUCAUGUUCAUCGAUUUUGGCCGGUCGGCCACCAUCCCGGUGCAGUCCCUGCGCAGCCUGGAUAGCGACGACUUCUGGACCAUCCCCCCUCUGACUCAGCCAUUCAUGCUGGAGAAAGACAUUUUGAGUUCGUAUCAGGUUAUCCAUCGCAUCCUCAAAGGGAAGAUCACUGGUGCUUUGAACUUGGAGUCGCACAUCCUGAAGUUUGAAGAGUUUAAAUAACGUGGCUACAAUCAGUGUGUUCCCUCCCUGGUCCAGAUUCUGCCGGCGCUGCCCUCUUGUACCCCUUUCGUUCUCGAGGCCUUGGGGGUGAAUAGGCCACACUGGUGCCCAGCAUUGAUUUGAUUCCCAUUUGCCCCCAGCUCACCUCUCAAAAAAGAGAGAGUGAAGUCCCAAUUUCUCGUAUUUUUGGUUCCCCAACUCAGCAUGAACAUUUGAACCAAACAUAGGAAGCUUCUAUGAGGUUGAAAGCCUGAGGGAACCCAUGUAUUCCUUUCUGUGUCUCUUCUUUGCACCAUAUAGUGCCAUAUCAGUUGCCCUAAGAUUCUGCUUAAUUUUUCUGGCGUUCCAUUGUAGGAUCAGGUGGGGAGCACUAGCCAGUGAGCCGUCAACUUGAUGAAUAAACGUUGGCAUGUUUCACAAG